CAACAACACCCAACAGGCUGUCUCUGCUGCUUCUUGAGCUCUGCAAACGUUGCUAGACCUCGACAACUUGCGAGCUGGGUCUUUUACUUGACCGGACUGUUUUUGUGAAUCUCUUGCUCUCCUUCGUCACCAGGCGCUUGCGGUGCUUAUCGCCAGCCUGCAAUUCCCGGUCUUCUUCUCUCCCCCCUCUCCCUCACAAACAAAAAAGCCCCUCCAAGACAUCCGUUGAUUCCCUACUCACCCUCUCGUAUCACCCACAAUUCAGCAGGCUUUUGAUCAUAAUCCUGUCAGGAUCGUGCAGUCUUUGCCUCAGUCGUAACGUCAUCUCCUACUUCACAUGGCCCGCGAAAGACCUGAGCUGAUCCAACAACCUCCGAUGCCACAACCCUGCCCCUUUCGUUCUGCGUCAACGCCAUCAUAUGGCAGCCCGCAGAGACAUCAUCGCCGAAAUCCAAUCGUCAGGCGGCCUGUAAAGGAAACGCUUGAUGCCCGCUCGGAGUACACUACGAGCCAGGACGAUGGAACUGCUGAACACAGAAUCAACCAGUAUGUGAUCAAGCAGGAAAUUGGUAGGGGUUCCUUUGGGGCAGUGCACCUUGCGGUUGAUCAAUUUGGAAACGAAUAUGCCGUUAAAGAAUUCUCAAAAGCUCGUCUCAGGAGACGGGCCCAGUCUCAUCUGUUGCGGAGACCGCGCGGUCCAAAGCGUCCUUCCGAUGGCUUAAAUGCCCCGCUUCAUUGCCACUCAGCAGGGGUGGAGGACCAGAAGCAGAAUGCCCUAUACUUGAUAAAGGAGGAAAUCGCAAUUAUGAAGAAAUUGAACCAUAAUAAUCUCGUCUCACUGAUAGAGGUCUUAGAUGAUCCCACGCAAGACUCUCUAUAUAUAGUCAUGGAGAUGUGCAAGAAAGGCGUGGUCAUGAAAGUUAGCCUCGAAGAAAGAGCCGACCCAUACGAUGACGCUCUCUGUCGCUGCUGGUUUCGCGACUUAAUCCUGGGUAUAGAGUAUCUUCAUGCUCAGGGUAUCGUACAUCGAGAUAUCAAACCAGACAAUUGUCUCGUAACAAAUGACGACGUCCUGAAAGUCGUUGACUUUGGAGUCUCUGAGAUGUUCGAAAAGGACUCGAAUAUGUACACGGCGAAAUCUGCGGGCUCUCCUGCCUUUCUUCCCCCGGAGUUAUGUGUCGUGAAGCACGGCGAUGUCUCGGGGAAAGCGGCAGAUAUAUGGUCGAUGGGCGUCACUCUGUACUGUCUACGCUAUGGAAAGCUCCCUUUCGAGAAACAAAGUAUUUUCGAACUUUACGAAGCCAUCAAGAACGACGCAGUAGUCUGUGAGGGUGAAACCGACGACAAUUUCCGAGAUUUAAUCUCUCGCAUCCUUGACAAGGACCCAACGAAACGGAUCCAGAUGCAUGAGUUGCGAGAACAUCCAUGGGUAACGCAAGAUGGGUUGGACCCUCUUCUGCCGGAAAGUGAGAACACGGCUGAGAUAAUCGACCUUCCCACCGAGGAGGAGAUGAAUUCAGCGAUUACUAGGACUAUUGGGCACGUCAUGGCCGUGAUUAAAGCUGUGAAGCACUUCAAGAGGCUCCUCGGCCCAGCAAAGGCUGAUCCUUCAAUGCAAAGCAUUCUCGGUCAGGAAUAUGAGGCUCAUUUCGUAGAACCUCCACUUGAAUUGGAGCCUGAGGAAAGCUUCUCGACCGGUCACACGGGCGCGAAGACCAAAAAUCGAAGUCUGAACACAUACAGCAGCACAGCUUGGGGGCAGCACCAUGCCUUGAAAGGAAAUUAUAGUCAGCCUGAAGAACUACCCGAUAGCCGGUUAUCAGACACUCCUGAAGUACUUCAUACACAAGAGUCAACCACCAGCAACAUAGGCGGGACUGACACGAAAUCUGAGUUUGAGAGAAGAGACUCGAGCUCCCUACGCAGCAUCAAUGUUCAUGGGGGAUCUAAUGACGACCUGCAACUCAUCUCCAUGCCCCAAUCUCCGUCUCCUUUAGUCCCACUAUCCCGAGCGAGUUCAGCCACAACGAAGCGUAGCGUUGAGGGAACACGCGGACAUGCACGCGACCCUCUUGAAGAAGAAUUUCCUUUCCUUUUCAUUGGACCCUCGACAUACAGCGGCUUACUUGUAAGCGAAGGACACGAAACUUUAGCAGACAAUUCCAUCCCAGAGGAGCCAGGAAGUCCGGUGGCCAAGGAGUCAGUCGAUAUGGUAAACGACAUGCAUACUAACCUGGACACCGACAUGGCCUAUCCUGUUGUGAGCGAAUCUCCGGGUGCUGCGGAAUUUGACAUCUACGAGAUUGCAUACCGACAGGAAAUCGAGCGAAUCCGAGCGCACAGCCUCCCUCGGCAGGGCAGUGAGCCCAAGGUGUACCUGACCCGUCGCGUGGAAGGCAAGGACGAUGUGAUGAAGCUGGUGGGCCAGAGUGCCACAAGAUUGGGGCCAAUGUAUGGUGUAAAGAGGAUGCCUGGCCCCAGCUUGGCUUCCGCCGUGAGUGCGAUCAGGCUGCAACUGGAACAACAGGGUAAACCGAACUCUAUGGAUGUGACAUCGUCGGCUACUGCAACCGGGAUCACCGCUACGGAAGCAAUGCACACUGAACUCUCUGCAUCUCAAUUACGAGACAUACUCGAUUGAGUGAGAAAGGCUGCGGGGCCACCAGAGAAUGAGUGUAGCAUUUCAAUAGCGUUCGCUGUACCUCACAACAAGGAAAGUGGAUCGUAUCUACACAUGGAUUCGUUUGCGCUGUGCGCCCCCCUUACCCCUUCCUGCCGUACACUCAACUUUCUGGGCCUGCUGUGUGGAUUUCCUCGUGCAAGGUGACUCCAUAUUAUCAUAGACCGGAUCAAAUGCUGUAUUCAUAUAUAACACUGU